GCUCAGGAUUCUCCGCUCGGCUCUUCAUCUCUGGCUGUUCUGACGGACACACUGAUCUGAUUCAGGAUGAUCUGCACGUUAUCAACAACUCACAGCUCUGACAAAGAGUUGGAGGAGCAAAGCACACACUGACACACACACACUGACACACAGACGCAAAGAGAGAGCAGGGGUUUCUCUUAGCGAAAGGGAUUCCCUCAUCCAGAGACACAGAGAUCUGUAAUGAAGAGCGGCUGCGGAUGAAGAUGAUGUCUGGAAGCGGCUGAAACUCUCUCCAUCCUCCCCUGAUGGAGGACAAGAAGAUGAGCGUCACCCGUCAGCAAACCUUCAACAUCCUGACCAUUAUCUUCCUCCUGCUGCCGAGCACAGCUCUCUCCGCUCACUUUCGGGUGUGCGAGCCGUAUUCUGACCACAAGGGCCGCUAUCACUUCGGCUUCCACUGCCCUCGCCUCUCGGAUAACAAGACGUACAUGUUCUGCUGCCAUCAUAACAACACGGCCUUCAAAUACUGCUGCAACGAGAGCGAGUUCCAGACCGUCAUGCAGGUCAACCUGACCACCUCACCCGACGCAUACGGACACAAUAACUACUCAGCAUUAAUCGGCGUGUGGAUUUACGGAUUCUUCGUCAUGGUGCUGCUAGCGCUGGAUUUUCUCUAUUACUCAGCCAUGAACUAUGAAGUAUGUCGGUUUUACCUGGAGAAGUGUGGUCUGGGCGGCCGCUGGCUCAAACAGUCGCAGUAUCAGUGGCAAGCAGACGGGCAGGAGGAACGGGACGGGCGGACGGCUCCAUCACAAACCCAAGAGCAGCACCAGCAUCCACACAGCUGCAGCUCACAGAUCAGACACACCCUAACAGGAGAUUCACAGAGUCCAGCACAGGCCACACACAACACAGCCACAGCCUGGUGA